AUGUCUGCCGUGGUCAAUUCGGCAAUGCCCGUGGGGCACGCCACUUCCUUCCCUACCGCUGGAAUCGGCGGCCAGUACUACAACAACCCCAGCUUCGAAGUUCCUGUCUACAGCCAUGGUGCUAGGAGAACUUUGACUUGGCAGAUGAUCGACGCAUGGAAUCAGUACAGUCUCAACUACGCUAUCGGUGAAGGCAUCGCAACAGGUCUUGUCUGGGCCGCUCUCAUCUACCUCCUGGCUCUGACUCCCAGCCGCAAACGAACCACUCUAUUCCACUCCUUCCUCCUCGCAGGCCUCAUCUUCAUGAUGAUACAUCUCAUGCUGGACAUCAUCUCGGUCGUCACACCUGGCCUCUCCGCCAGCUCCGCGUACGUCGUGCUCACCAGAGACAUCAGCUCAAGCAUCUGGACGACCCAGUACACCGCACUCUACGCCGCUACCCGAGUAACAAACUGGCUCGCCAUCAUCUCUGCUUCCCUCUGUCUCUGGCUCCAGGCAAAGGGGCUGAUGUCUGGACUCAAAGUUCGGUUUCCGACAGUCUACUACAUACUCCUCACAUACCUCGCACUGAGUUCGCUCGCUGCUUUGAUUGCCUCGAUGGUCUACUGGAUCUACCAGAUCACCGUGAUCCAUGACGACAUCACGUACCCGGCCUUCUUUGCAAAAAUGCUGAGAAACGUCUACUUGAUCAUCUACGCCAUCAGCAUCGGCAGCUAUUCACUCGUCAAUGUAUGCUCGGUCAUGAACAUCAUUUGGAAACGUCCGUCAUCAGUCCUCACUCCCCACAGCGCUUACCACUCGGCAUUGAACUUGGUCGGUCUACUGGGUGCGCAGUCUUUCAUCGUGCCACUGAUCUUUUGCAUCCUCCAGAUCGUGUACACAGACAAUCAGAUGACACUCCCAGCAGCCCUCCUCCUUCCAUCAGUCUACCUCAUCCUCCCUCUCGGUUCACUAUUCAUGAGCGUCAAGUCAGCCGACAUUGACAACCAGAAGAAGGAAGAAGUGAUCUUGGUAUCGCCGCAGAAGCCCAUGUUCAGUCCAAUGAAGAGUAAUGUGCACAAGUCUCCGAGUCUGACUGCUUGCACGGUCACGGGAUCUGAACCAAGUUCAUUCAUGCUGGAUGACGCUACCAUCAGAGAGACACCAACCAAGAACGCUGCCAACUCAGCUGAGCGGGACCUGCAAAUCAUCGACUGGGAGAAGGGCGUUGAGAAGAGCCAAGAGACUGAGUCGAUACUGCACCACAAGGCUAGUCAUACUAACGAGAAAGAGCCUCUCGAGGUCUAG